UCCUUAAUUAGAGUAGUUCAUGCUGUGUGCACACUUAACGAACCCCACCCGUGAGCCGCCCAGCAGUCGACGUUUUUUUCUAACUUCGAAGUUGUUCUGGUGUGCGAAAAAAAUGACGAAUAAAGAAUCAGACAAAUGUGUAAUAUGCACUCCCGGACAACGCAUAUGUCUGUCGGAUAACCAAUAUAUUGGAGGAGCCGGAACUUACACAAGACAAGGUUAUAUCACAUCAUGUUUAGCAGGUGUUGUUAAAGUAACUUCACAACCUGAUAAGAGAAUCCUGAUAGAGGUUAGAAGUGGUAAAGAACAGACAGUUGUUCCAUCUGCUGGUGAUGUGGUUACAGCCAGAGUAACACAAAUAAAUCCUCGCUGGGCACGAUGUGCCAUUUUGUGUGUUAAGGACAUUGUAUUGGCAGAACCCUUUAGAGGACAGCUGAGGAAAGAAGAUGUGCGUGCUACAGAAAAGGACAGGGUUGAAAUGUACAAAUGUUUUCGUCCCAAUGACAUUAUUUUAGCAAGAGUGCUCUCAUUAGGUGAUGCACAUUCCUAUGUUUUGUCAACAGCAGAAAAUGAAUUGGGUGUUGUUAUAGCAUACAGUGAAGAAGGUACUCCUAUGGUUCCAGUAGGAUGGCAAGAAAUGCAGUGCCCAAAAACUUAUGUUAAAGAAUUGAGAAAAGUUGCAAAAGUUUCGCCAGAAACAAUUUCAAACGAAAAUGCAACAGGCGUCUAGAUUAUAUUAAUACAUGAAAUUUGACAACA